AUGGGGCUAAGAGCGGCCAGCCUUCUCGUACUCUGGCUGGCUCUUUCCCAUGCCUAUGAAAUAAAAAAAGGACGGACAAGAAACCAUGGCCACUAUGUCUGCAGCACUUGGGGAAACAACCAUUUCAAAACCUUUGAUGGUGACAUCUACCAAUUCCCUGGCGUUUGCGAGUAUAAUUUUGUUUCUGACUGCCGAGAUUCUUACAAGGAAUUCUCUGUCCACAUCCAGCGUGCCCUGAACAGCAAUAACCACCCUGAAAUCCAGUAUAUUCUGAUAAAAAUCAAGGAUAUCACGGUGUACCUCAAACCAAAACUGGUCGUGGUGGAUGGGCGAAUUGUGAAGACACCUUACUACAGCUCUGGUGUGCUCAUUGAGAGCAACGAUGUUUACACCAAGAUUUAUGCCAAAUUAGGCAUGGUUCUGAUGUGGAAUCAGGAGGAUGCACUGAUGGUGGAGCUGGACGACACAUUCAAUAACCUUACCUGUGGCCUCUGUGGGGAUUACAAUGGAAUUCCAAUCUACAAUGAGUUUAUCAACGAAGAUGCAAGCUACAAUUCAAUUACCUAUGGAAAUUUGCAGAAGAUCAACAAACCCAAUGCCAAAUGUGAAGAUCCAGAUGAAACUCAGGCUCUUCCAAGCUGUAACAAGCAUCGUGAUGAGUGUGAGAGGCUCCUGACUUCCUCUGCAUUUGCUGAUUGCCGGUUCCGCCUUAAUUUGGAAACGUACAUCCAAGCCUGCAUGCAGGACAAGUGUGCCUGUAACGGAAACGAGGACUCCUUCUGCGUCUGCAGCACCGUCUCUGAGUAUUCUCGCCAGUGUUCGCACGCAGGGGGCCGGCCGGGUGAAUGGAGGACGCAGCAGUUUUGCCCCAAGACCUGUCCUGACACCAUGGUCUACAGAGAAAGCAGCUCACCCUGCAUGGAUACUUGUUCACACUUGGACAUCAGCAGCCUUUGUGAGGAACACUACAUGGAUGGUUGUUUCUGCCCUGAAGGAACUGUGUAUGAUGACAUUACUGGAAAAGGCUGCAUAGCUGUUAGCCAAUGCCAUUGCAAACUCAGUGGAAAGCAGUAUGCACCUGGAGAAAGCAUUUCCAAUGAAUGUGAAGAAUGCACCUGUAAUUCAGGCAGAUGGACGUGCAAGGAUUUACCCUGCCCAGGCACAUGUUCAGUGGAAGGAGGUUCCCAUAUUACCACCUUUGAUGGGAAGAAAUACACCUUCCAUGGAGACUGUUACUAUGUAUUGGCCAAGGGUACUGCAAAUGACAGCUAUGCUCUCCUGGCAGAGCUGGGUCCCUGUGGCUCCACAGAGAGGCAGACCUGCUUGAAGACUGUUGUGCUGUUAGUGGAUCACAAAAAGAAUGUGGUGGUUUUCAGAUCCGAUGGCAGUGUGCUACUGAAUGAGAUGCCAGUGAAUGUGCCUCAUGUGUCAGCCAGCUUCUCAGUAUUCCAGCCAUCUUCCAACUACCUUGUUGUACAAACGUCUUUUGGGCUUCAGGUGCAGAUCCAGGUGCUUCGAGUCAUGCAACUGUUUGUGACUGUGGAUCAAUCGGCUCAAGGACAAAUUCAAGGUCUUUGUGGUAACUUUAAUGGAAUGGAAGGUGAUGAUUUUAGAACAACCAGUGGGCUGGUAGAAGCCACAGGAUCUGCCUUUGCUAACACAUGGAAAGCUCAGUCCACCUGUACAGACAGGGUAGAAAAGCUGGAAGACCCCUGCAGUCUCAGCAUUGAAAGUGCAAAUUAUGCUGAGCAUUGGUGUUCUUUGCUGAAAAACCCAGAAGGUCCUUUUGCAAGAUGUCACUCCGUCAUUGAUCCUUCAGAAUACUAUAAGAAAUGUAAAUAUGACACAUGCCUCUGUGAAGAUAAUGAAGAAUGCUUGUGCGCUGCCCUGUCCUCUUAUUCAAGAGCCUGUGCUUUCAAAGGGAUCCUACUGGGAGGCUGGAGAGACAGUGUCUGCAGUAAUGAAGUGUCUGCCUGUCCAGGAAAUCAAGUCUUCCUUUACAACAUUACAAAGUGCCAGCAAACCUGUCGUUCUCUUGCUGAUGGUGAAAAGUACUGCUUGCAAGACUUUGCUCCUCUGGAUGGCUGUGGCUGCCCAGCUAAUACAUACUUGGAUAAACAGGAUAACUGCGUGCCCAUCUCCGAGUGCCCAUGUUAUUACAAGGGAUCAUACCUGGAACCUGGGGAAUAUUUUACAAAAGAUGGAGAACGCUGCAUUUGCCGAAAUGCAAAGAUCCAGUGUGCCUCAGUGAAAAUAAGAAUGAAAAGUGUAGAAGAAUGUUCUUCUAACAAGACGUUCUUUGACUGCAAUGCAUCCUCAAAGUGGACUUCACAAACACCUUUACAACUUAGCUGUCAUACCCCUCAAACUGAUCACUUCCAGACAGAGUGUGUCUCAGGCUGUGUGUGUCCUGAAGGUCUAUUUGAUGAUGGCAAAGGAGGCUGUGUUGAGGAGAAGGACUGCCCAUGCAUUCAUAACAACCAGUGGUAUUCUUCUGGACAGAAGAUAACAGUGGACUGCAACACCUGCACCUGCCAAAAAGGGGUUUGGAGCUGCACAGAAAAUGUGUGCUAUGGGACCUGUAUGAUAUAUGGAAGUGGCCAUUAUAUCACUUUUGAUGGGAAAUUCUAUGACUUUGACGGAAAUUGUGAAUAUGUGGCUAUUCAGGAUUUUUGUGGUGACAAAAAUUCCAGCGGCUCAUUCAGCAUCAUCACAGAGAAUGUCCCUUGUGGAACGACAGGAGUCACCUGCUCAAAAGCUAUCAAAAUGUUUCUAGGGAAAACUGAACUGAAAUUGGAGAACAAAGAGUACAAAGAAAUUCAGCGAGAUGUUGGUGAUGAUGUGGUUUACUGGAACAGGACAGUAGGCCUCUACCUCGUUAUUGAGGCUAGCAAUGGUGUGAUGCUUAUCUGGGAUAAGAAGACUACUGUUUUCAUCAAGCUGAGCCCCGACUACAAAGGCAAAGUGUGUGGUCUGUGUGGCAACUUCGAUGACAAGUCAAACAAUGACUUUACAACAAGGAGUGGACUGCAGGAGCCCAAUGCUCUGAAGUUCGGGAAUUCGUGGAAACAGUCUCCCAUGUGCCCAGAUGUCACACAAGAGAUUAGGCCUUGUGAUAUGAAACCACAUCGGAAGUCCUGGGCAGAGAAAGAAUGCAGCAUCAUCCAGAGCGAAGUCUUCAAAAUUUGUCACUCCAAGGUGGACCCAGCUCCUUUCUAUGAAGCUUGUGUUCAUGAUGCCUGCUCUUGUGACAGCGGUGGAGAUUGUGAGUGCUUCUGUUCUGCAGUUGCUGCUUAUGCCCAAGAAUGUGCCAAGGCUGAGGCCUGUGUUUUCUGGAGAACUCCUGAUAUAUGCCCAAUAUUCUGUGACUACUACAACCCUCGCAAUGAGUGUGAGUGGCACUAUGAGCCUUGUGGCGGUAAUAUCAUGACCUGCAGGAUGAUUAAUAAUGUCAGCACCAACUUUUCAGUACCAUACCUGGAAGGUUGCUACCCCAGAUGCCCUAAGGACAAGCCUAUUUAUAAUGAAGAGACAAAGGAAUGUGUGCCUGAAGAUCAGUGUUGGUGUUACAUCGAUGGAAUUCAAGUUCCCCCUGGGCAUGAAAUACCCACAGAAGAAAACUGUACAAUAUGUGUCUGUGGCCCCUCAGGAUCCAUACAAUGUAAACCAGUUACAGGGUGUCCUUGUGUCAUCAAUGGAACGAGUUAUGAAGUGGGUCAGACUGUGGCACAAGUACAGGAUGGUGACAUAUGUAUAACGUACAUUUGUGCAGAAAAUGGUUCAGUAGUUCCAAAUGAAAUCUACCCUUGUCCAACACCUUCUUCACCUACAAUCCUUUCAACCUCAUUUCCCACCAGUACUCUUACCACCACAGUUACCACUACAAGCCAUCCAGUGACUACAACUCCAUGCUUAGGAUUAAUCUGUGAUUGGACUGAGUGGUUUGAUGUUAGUAAUCCUGAAAAAGAUGGUGGUGACUAUGAAACAUACGAUGAAAUAAGAAAACAUGGAUACAAGAUAUGUGAAGCUCCUGAAAAAAUUGAAUGCAGGGCAGAGGAUAAACCCGAUGUGAGCUUAGAGGAACUUGGUCAGAAAGUGCAGUGUGAUGUUACGUAUGGACUAAUCUGUAAAAAUGAGGAGCAAGAUGUAACUAUGUGGCAACUUUGCUAUAAUUAUGAAAUCAGGGUAAACUGUUGUGAAUGGCAAGAAAUUCCCUGUGAGACUACACCUACACCUAGUACACCACAAACUGCAACUUCAACCACCACCAAGACAACAGUACCUCUCACCACUACAUCCAGGAUUCCAACAGAAAUUACCACCUCACCCAUACACAUCACUUCAACCACAAGUGAACCUACACCAUCAGUCUCCACUCCAGUAACUUCAACACCUCCAGGCCCAGGUUCAUCGACACCGAGCACGGCAUCCCCUUCAACAGAAUCAACAACCACUACAACAACAGGCGAGACUUCCACCAGCACUGCCAGCACCCCGCUGCCCCCCAGCAGCACCACCAGCAGUAGCACCCUGGGGACAACCUCAACAGUUCCUGGAAUACCAACACCCACCCCAACUACUGGAAACUGUGAGUGCAUCUGGUCGGACUGGAUUGAUGUGAGUUACCCAAAUAGUUCUGACGUAAACGGUGGUGACUACGAAACGCUGGAGAAUAUUCAGACGACCAUCUCCUCCUGGGUCUGUGCGAAAGUUGAGAAUAUUUCAUGCAGAGCAGAGAAAUUCCCUGACAUUCCCAUUGCAGAUUUAGGGCAGACCGUGCAGUGCGAUGUUAACACAGGGCUCAUCUGUAACAAUAAAGAUCAGCACAUAGGAGGUAUAAUACCGAUGCCAGUCUGCCUGAAUUACGAGAUCAGUGUGUGCUGCACCCCCAACAGACCAGAGUGUCUUCCGCCUGUACAUACCCCAACCACCACACCAUCCACAACGACCAGCAAAAUCAGUUCAACACUAUCAACAACUUCUUCAACAUCAGUGCCAACAGAGACUACCAGCGGAAUCACCAGCACCACGAUGCCCCCCAGCACCACCACCCCAUGGACAACCACAACAGUUACUGGAACACCAACACCCACCCCAACUACUUCAAGCACAUCCAGGCCCACACCAACAUACACCAGCACCCUACAACCUCCAGGUCCGGGUUCAUCGACACCGAGCACGGCAUCCCCUUCAACAAAAUCAACAACCACUACAAUAGGCGAGAUUUCCACCAGCACUGCCAGCACCCCGCUGCCCCCCAGCAGCACCACCAGCAGCAGCACCCCAUGGGUUCCUGGCUCACCAACAACCAUCUCAACUACUUCAAGCACAUCCACGCCAACACCACCAUACACCCCCACCCCAUCACCUCCAGGUCCGGGUUCAUCGACACCGAGCACGACAUCCCCUUCAACAAAAUCAACAACCACUCCACCACCAGGGGAGACUUCCACCAGCACUGCCAGCACCACGAUGCCCCCCAGCAGCACCACCAGCAGCACCACCCUGGAGACAACCUCAACAGUUCCUGGAACACCAACACCCACCCCAACUACUUCAAGCACAUCCAUGCCCACACCAACAUACACCACCACCCUACGACCUCCAGGCCCAGGUUCAUCGACACCGAGCACGCCACCCCCUUCAACAGAAUCAACAACCACUCCCACUACACCACCAGGGGAGAUUUCCACCAGCACUGCCAGCACCCCGCUGCCCCCCAUCAGCACCACCAGCAGCAGCACCCCGGAGACAACCUCAAUUGUUACUCUUGGAUCACCAACACCAACCUCCAUUCCUAUAAAUAUUAACACCAGGACCCCUCAGGCUCCAACUACAUUACCAAUAAAGGGUACAACACCAGAGACACCGACAAAGACAAGUACUCCAGUUACUCCUUCAGCUACUCCACUGCCAACAACUAGAACAACAGAAACAGGAAGCACAAUAUUUACCAGAAGCACCACUAUUGAACAGUCAACAUCCUCCAUGUCAACAAGCCCAGUGACAGUCACCACCACUGAAGUCACUGAAACAGGAUCGACCCCCAGAACUACCACUUCAGGCCCCACACCUUCAAGAUCCACCAGCACCACACCAGUAACAGAAACACCUAUCCAUGAGACCACUACCACUGGGACCACAAGACCUCCAACGGGAUCACAUACCACCCCUGUCCGUACCACAACUUCAGGACCAUCCUCCCUGGGGUCUACUCUUAGCAGUACUGUAUCUCUGUCAUCAGCAUCAACCAGCCCUGUGCCAGUCACCACCUCUGGUACUACUCCAACAAAAACCUUUACCACCACUUCAGGAACUACCUCUAGCAGUUUUACCAUAAGCACUGCAACCACCACAUCCACUACCUUCAAAACUCUUCCCCCUGGCUCUACUAGUACAUCUGGACCAAAUGCAACAUCAACUGCAGUCACCACUACAGGAAGUUCUACAGUUACUCCAGCUACUGGCUCAAGUUCCACUACAAGUCUAACACCAACUACUCCUAAAAAAAUAUGUUCUAUUUUACCUAAUGAAUCUUAUGAGCAAGGUGACUCAUGGUGGCUCUGUAACUGCACUAAGGCAAUCUGUGUAGAAGACAAUAUCGUCCAGGUGAUUCCUAUAAUCUGUAAUCCACCUCCUAAACCCACCUGUGCCAAUAACCUUUCUCCUGUGCCAGUCAUUGAUGAGGAUGGAUGCUGUUGGCACUGGGAGUGUGAUUGCUACUGCACUGGCUGGGGAGACCCACAUUACAUGACUUUUGAUGGACUGUACUACAGCUACCAAGGGAAUUGUACAUAUGUCCUUGUGGAAGAGAUUAAUAAGAAAGUUGACAACUUUGGUGUCUACAUUGAUAACUACCAUUGUGACACACGGGAUGUGGUCUCCUGUCCUCGAACGCUCAUUGUGCGACAUGAAACCCAGGAAGUGAGGAUGACAACAGCGAAACCAAAUACUCUACAAGUAACGGUGACAGUAAACAACCAGAUAGUGGCUUUACCUUAUAAAAAGUUUGGUGUGAGCAUCUAUGAGUCAGGCAUAAAUCGUGUUGUGGAAAUUCCUGAGCUAAAAAUGAAUGUGACCUACAAUGGCUUGUCCUUUUCUAUCAGAAUGCCCUACAGCCUGUUUGGCAACAACACUCAGGGACAGUGCGGUACUUGCAAUAACAACACAGCGGAUGACUGCAUGUUGCCGAAUGGAAACAUUGCAGAAAACUGUGAAACCAUGGCAGAUCACUGGCAGGUUGUUGAUCCCUCCAAACCACAGUGCUCUCCAGGCCUAAGUCCUACAAGUUUACCUAGCACAACCCCAACACAGCCUUGCAAAGAGUCUUCCAUCUGUGAGAUCCUUUUGGGAAGUGUGUUCAAGCCAUGCCAUGAGUUUGUGCAGCCUGAGAAGUACUACGCAGCCUGCAUUUUUGAUAGUUGCAUACUUCCCAACCUAGACUUGGAAUGCUCAAGUCUGCAGAUCUAUGCUGCCACCUGUGCUGAUCAAGGUGUAUGCAUUGACUGGAGAGGUCACACCAGUGGUGUAUGCUGUUCUUAUGAAUGCACCUCAGGAAAAGAGUACAGAGCAUGUGGUCCUGUGAAAGAGCCAACCUGCAAAACAAGUCACCAAAAUGAAACUUCAACUAAACAAGUGGAAGGCUGCUUCUGUCCUAAUGGAACAAUGCUGUAUGACUCUGGCGUGGAUGUCUGCGUGAAAACCUGUGGCUGUGUUGGCGUGGAUAUGAUCCCAAGAGAGUUUGGGGAGAAGUUUACAGUAGACUGUCAGGACUGUAUUUGCCUGGAAGGGGAACAUGGCAUUGUAUGCCAGCCUCAUGAAUGUCCUGAAAAACAAAAGGUCAGUUGUGAUGGAGAAGGCUUCUAUGAGGUCACCGAAGUCAAUCCUGAAGACUCCUGCUGCCCUAUUGUCACCUGCAAAUGCAAUACAAGCUUCUGCACAGCUAAAGCCCCCAAGUGCUCACUGGGAUUUGAAGUUCACUCUCAUAUUCCCAGUGGUCAGUGCUGUCCUGUGUACCAAUGUGUUCCCAAGGGCGUCUGUGUUCACCAGAGUGCUGAGUUCUUGCCUAACUCCUCAGUCUUUGUUGAUAAGUGUCAGAAUUGUUUAUGCACAAAUGAAGUUAACAUCAGCACUCAACUGAAUAUCAUCUCAUGUGAACCUGUUCCAUGCAACACAUACUGUGCACCGGGAUAUGAAAUUAAACCAGUGAAAGGUGAAUGUUGUGGAAGAUGUGUGCAGACCAAGUGUAUUAUACAUGCAGCAAACAAUGCUGAACUCAUCUUGAGUCCUGGAGAGUUUAAAAAUGAUCCUACCAACAACUGCACCAUUUAUAGCUGUGUAGAUAUCCGCGACCAGCUUAUCGCUUCCACGUCUGAGAUUACCUGUCCAGCAUUUAAUGAGGAGAGCUGCAAACCUGGAACUAUUUCAUUCUUACCUAAUGGUUGUUGCAAAACCUGUGCACCUGUGGAUAGCCGUACACCGUGCUCUGUCCGUCAGAGAGAAGACUUCAUUGUCUAUAAUGGCUGCCGUUCCGUGGACAGAGUUGUCAUGACUGAGUGUGAAGGAACAUGUGGAACCUUCUCGCUAUACUCUGCUGAGGCCAAUUCUAUGGAUCACAGCUGUUCCUGCUGCAGAGAAACAAGGACUACUGAGAAGUACGUGGUACUGAAGUGUCCUGGUGGGCACUCAAUGUCACAUAAGUACGUGUAUGUGGAAAGCUGCAGCUGUCAAGACACUGAAUGCAAGAACCCACAGUCCGGUGAGUUGCAGAACUGAGAAGAAAAUGACAAGGCUGCUCUGAACCGUACCAAGAGGGCUGUCGGCUUGACAUCAAAAUGAAGACAGAAAAAAACUAGCAGCAUUUAACUGAAAGGACUGUGCACCAUUCUUAGCUUGCUUGACUACUUUUGAACAUUGGUUUUCCCAGUAACUGUAUCCUGUUUGUUCUCUGAUUAAUUUGAACAGUGCUCUAUUUAUUUGUGACAAAAUAGGAACACAAAUUUGUAUUCU